GUGGUCUGCGCUGGUUGGCGGCAGUUUCCCUGCCCUCCGCGAGAGCGCGGCGGCGGCUCCGGGGCGCGUGGGGGGGCGCAGCAGCGCUAUGAGGGGCAGCGUCGCGCCGCGCCGUAGCGGCGGCGGUGGUGGCAGCGGCGGCGAGCACGUGGUAUAAGAACGGGGACGGCGGCGAGCGCCGGGGGUGACAAACCGCGGCUCCCUGCAUGUGGAAAGUGAGGCGAACCAAGAAAGCCCGGCGGCACCGGCGAGUCCUGAGGGAGCCGGGCAGCGGCGCCCGCCAUGGAUUGCAGCCUCCUCCGGACCCUCGUGAGCCGAUACUGUGCUGGAGAAGAGAAUUGGGUGGACAGUCGGACUAUUUAUGUUGGGCAUCGUGAACCACCUCCAGGCACUGAAGCAUACAUUCCACAGAGAUUUCCAGAUAACCGAAUAGUCUCAUCAAAGUAUACAUUUUGGAACUUUAUACCGAAGAAUUUGUUCGAGCAAUUCAGAAGAAUAGCUAACUUCUAUUUUCUCAUCAUUUUCCUUGUUCAGUUAAUUAUUGAUACGCCUACUAGUCCAGUUACAAGUGGACUUCCACUUUUGUUUGUCAUCACUGUAACAGCUAUCAAACAGGGUUAUGAAGAUUGGCUUCGACAUAAAGCUGACAAUGCAAUGAACCAAUGCCCUGUUCAUUUCAUUCAACAUGGUAAACUGGUUAGAAAGCAGAGCCGAAAAUUAAGAGUUGGAGAUAUUGUAAUGGUAAAAGAAGAUGAAACAUUUCCAUGUGACUUAAUAUUUCUAUCAAGUAGUAGAGGAGAUGGGACAUGUUUUGUUACAACAGCUAGUUUGGAUGGUGAAUCCAGUCAUAAAACUUACUAUGCUGUUCAGGAUACAAAGGCAUUUCACAGCGAACAAGAAAUAGAUGCACUACAUGCUACUAUUGAAUGUGAACAACCUCAGCCUGACCUUUAUAAAUUUGUUGGUCGCAUAAAUGUUUACCAUGAUAGGAAUGAGCCUACUGCAAGGCCAUUAGGAUCUGAAAAUCUGCUUCUUAGAGGAGCCACUUUAAAGAAUACAGAAAAGAUCUUUGGUGUUGCUAUCUACACUGGCAUGGAAACUAAGAUGGCAUUAAAUUACCAGGCAAAAUCACAGAAGAGAUCUGCUGUAGAAAAAUCAAUGAAUGUAUUCCUUAUUGUAUACCUCUGUAUUCUCAUCAGUAAAGCACUGAUAAAUACUGUCCUGAAGUAUGUUUGGCAGAGUGAACCAUUUCGUGAUGAGCCAUGGUAUAAUCAGAAAACAGAGCCAGAAAGGAAAAGACAUCUGUUUCUUCGAGCUUUUACAGACUUCCUUGCAUUUAUGGUUCUUUUCAACUACAUUAUUCCUGUAUCUAUGUAUGUCACUGUGGAAAUGCAGAAAUUUCUUGGUUCUUAUUUCCUUGCGUGGGAUGAGGAAAUGUUUGAUGAGGACACAGGUGAAGGACCACUCGUGAAUACUUCUGAUCUCAAUGAAGAGUUAGGACAGAUUGAGUAUGUCUUCACAGAUAAAACUGGAACGUUAACAGAGAACAACAUGGAAUUUGUAGAAUGUUGCAUUGGAGGGCAUGUUUAUGUACCACAUGUUGUCUGCAAUGGCCAAAUUCUCCACGAUUGUACAGGCAUUGAUAUGAUUGAUUCUUCUCCUGGAGGAAGUGGAAAGGAGCGAGAGGAACUAUUCUUCCGAGCUCUUUGUCUUUGCCAUACUGUUCAGGUAAAAGAUGAUGACAACGUAGAUGGAUUGAAGAAAAACCAGUUCUCAAGAAGAUCUUGUAUAUAUAUUUCGUCAUCACCUGAUGAAGUUGCUUUAGUAGAGGGAAUACAGAGACUUGGUUACACCUAUCUAAGGCUGAAGGACAAUUUUAUGGAGAUCUUAAAUCGGGAAAAUAAAUUAGAGAAGUUUGAAUUACUGGAGGUUUUGAGUUUUGAUUCUGUGAGACGGCGAAUGAGUGUGAUUGUUAAAUCUUCAACAGGUGAUAUAUUUCUGUUUUGUAAAGGAGCAGAUUCUUCCAUAUUUCCUAGAGUGAAAGAAGGCAAAAUUGAGCAAGUACGAUCCAGAGUUGAACGCAAUGCAGUGGAGGGGCUGCGAACAUUGUGUGUUGCUUAUAAAAAGCUCACAGCAAAAGAAUAUGGCGAUGUACAGAAGCUGCUUCAGAAUGCAAAGUUGGCCCUCCAGGACCGGGAAAAGAAGUUGGCAGAAGUCUAUGAAAAGAUAGAAAGAGAUUUUAUUUUACUUGGUGCUACAGCUGUUGAAGAUCGACUACAAGAAAAAGCUGCUGACACUAUUGAAGCACUCCAAAAAGCUGGAAUUAAAGUUUGGGUUCUGACAGGAGACAAAAUGGAAACUGCUGCAGCUACGUGCUAUGCUUGCAAACUCUUCCGGAGAAAUACACAAAUACUUGAGCUAACCACAAAGAAAAUUGAGGAACAGAGUUUACACGAUGUGCUUUUUGACCUAAGCAAAACUGUUCUAAGACACAGUGGCAGCUUAACCAGGGAUACUUUCUCAGGACUUUCAACUGAUAUGCAAGAUUAUGGUUUAAUUAUUGAUGGAGCGGCAUUAUCAUUAAUAAUGAAACCUAGACAAGAUGGGAGCUCUGCUAACUACAGAGAGCUCUUUCUUGAAAUCUGCAGGAACUGCAGUGCUGUGUUAUGCUGUCGAAUGGCACCUCUGCAAAAAGCACAGAUUGUAAAAUUGAUUAAGUUAUCAAGGGAGCAUCCUAUCACAUUAGCAAUUGGUGAUGGAGCGAAUGAUGUCAGUAUGAUUCUAGAAGCACAUGUUGGUAUAGGAAUCAUUGGCAAAGAAGGUCGUCAAGCAGCGAGAAACAGUGACUAUGCAAUACCUAAAUUUAAACAUUUGAAAAAAAUGUUGCUUGUUCAUGGGCAUUUUUAUUAUGUUAGGAUAUCUGAACUUGUGCAAUACUUCUUUUAUAAGAAUGUCUGCUUCAUUUUCCCUCAGUUUUUAUAUCAGUUCUUCUGUGGAUUUUCACAACAGACUUUAUACGAUACUGCGUAUCUAACACUGUACAAUAUCAGCUUCACUUCUCUUCCUAUCCUCUUGUACGGUCUAAUGGAACAACAUGUCAGUGCAGACACACUCAAGAGAGAGCCUUCCUUAUACAGAGAUGUUGCCAAGAAUGCUUUGCUGCGCUGGCGUGCAUUUAUUUAUUGGACAUUCCUAGGAGUGUUUGAUGCUGUGGUAUUUUUCUUUGGUGCCUAUUUCUUGUUUGACAACACAAUUCUGACCAGCAAUGGACAGCUAAUGACAACCAGCACUCACAUGGUGUUUGGAAACUGGACCUUCGGAACACUGGUGUUUACUGUGCUUGUAUUCACAGUUACAUUGAAGCUUGCACUAGAUACACACUAUUGGACGUGGAUAAAUCACUUCGUGAUCUGGGGAUCACUUGUAUUCUACAUUAUCUUUUCUCUGCUCUGGGGAGGAAUUAUUUGGCCUUUUCUCAAUUAUCAGAGGAUGUACUAUGUGUUCAUGCAAAUGCUGUCUAGUGGUCCUGCAUGGCUGGGUAUAAUUCUGCUCAUAACUGUCAGCCUUCUUCCAGAUGUUCUCAAGAAGGUCUUAUGCAGACAGUUAUGGCCUACAGCAACAGAAAGAAUCCAGAAUGCAUCAAGGCACUGUCAGGAGCACAUCUCGGAAUUCACACCUCUUGCCUGUCUGAAAAGCCCAAGAUACAGGAGCAGUGACUGCAGCAGUUCCCCAGCAAGAAGGUCUAAUGCUCAUUCUAAAAAAAUGAUGUUUACGCACUGGAGAGGCAUUGAUUAUUCAGUACUUCCAUCUGUCUUUGGCUAUUCAAAUAAGCAUUGCCGUUCUAGUGCAGGCUACUGCUACAGUGGGUCAGGUUUGGAAACAUCUGUAUGACAACACCAAGUCAGGCCUUUAAAAACUGUAUUUUUGUUUAUUUCUUUUUUCAGGAAACAAACAUGUCACAAAAUAUGUUAAACUAUACGUGGCUUUUGCUGUCUGAGGUAAUGUUCAGACAAACAGGAACAAUAGCUAGAAGUAUGAACCCUUCCAGGCCAGUAGGCCUCUUUUUAUGUUUUGAACUACUGGAGCAAUGAACAAUCUGCACAGUCUGGUACUGUGGGACUGGUAGCACUAAAAAUUCUCGUCAUCCUCUGUCAAGACAUUUGUGCAUUUACUACUUCUGUCAUCUUUAGUCAUUUUCUUUAUUACUUGAAGUGUAUAGUUUCAGUCAGUGACCUACAUCUUGAGAUCAAUAGUUUUUAAUUUUCAUCCAGAAGGAAUGACCUCAGUUAUCUCCAAUGAAAGUCUCCUAAAGCAUACUUAACAAGUCCUGUUUCUGAUUUUCCUCUGUCCUUUUUCUUUUCUUUGCUCUUUCUGUAGAACAAACUGGUGUUUCCUCUGUGCAAAUCUGCUUUCAAGAAACACUCUCUAAUGUUCACUUUCUUGUAAGUGGCCAAAUCAGGGCUGUCUGGUUUUCAGUUAGUUUUCCCUCAUAGAAAGAUAGGCAGAGUAAUCCUCGUGUAGACUAUGUGCACGCUAUAUGGAGUCAAGUUGGCUGUUAAAUAGGUAAAUAUCAUCAAUGUUGAUAUCUACUCAAAAACUGAAUGUAAGCAUUUUGCCUAAAAAGAUCUUUGUAGAUAUGUUAAAGAUGCAAAUUACCUGAUCUUCCCACUUCCUAUCCCUGUGAUUGUAAAAUACGCAUAGCAGAACAUAUUAUAUAUUAAGCUUUUUUGGACACAUAUUUUCCUUAAAAGAAGAAAGUCUGUAUUUCCAAAUAAGUAUAUUUUGCUAUCUGGAUUUAUCCUCUUAAUUUGGGGUUCUUUUGUGUUUAUGGUUAAAUACUGACUAAUUGGCUUGGUAGGUGUAUUACAUAGCACACAACUGUUAACUUUUGCAAUGAAACCACAGGGUGGCACACGGCUGUUUACUAGCAGUUGAAUCGUAGUUGUGAUUAACAAACUAGUUUGACUGCAAGGGUUCUGUUUGAAUUACUUUAAGAAUUACAGCCAACUUGCACUUCUGUUUUCUCUGCUACAUUUAUGUUACGUUACCUUGCACUAAUUCCACUAUUAGCUGUGUCCUUGUUGUGUUUCCUUAGUCCAGUGUUUUAUUUUGGGGUUGCAAAAAUACCUGAAGGAGUAAUCUGAUUUCAGUCAAUUUCAGCCUGGUGGUUAGAACUGGUUAAUCACCAUAGCCAUGAAAUACCUCCGGAAGGAUAUUAGCCAAAAAAAAUCGCAAUGUGAAAACAAAAUAUUUGGUGUCAGAACUGCAGCUUUUCUUGGAAGAAAUGGCCAAGACAUUGUUAUUAAUAAUUAUCUUUCAAAUGGACUAGGGUGGCAGAGAAUUAUUAUUUCCCUUUUUGUGUUUAAAAAAUAAAAAUGGCAAAAUAAUUUACUUUGUAAUAAAAGAAAAAUUAACUUACUAGAAAAUGUUCCUCACAGUAUUCCAAGUGAUUUUUGCAUGAAACAAACAGUGAAAUAUUAAAAUGCCCUGGGCCAAGGAGAAAUUGUAAAGAGAGUUCUGAAAUUUGCAGUAUACCAAAGAUAAGAGAUUUUUUUUAAAAAGUUUAAUGGUGAGCAGCACAGGUGAAGGUAUUUUUACCAUUUAACAUGUAGCACUUUUAAGUUUCAAAGAAUGUCCUCAUAGCAGUAACAUUUUGAAAUACAUACAUCUGUGUGUGGGUGUGUGCACAUGUACUUGCCAUUGCAGACUUGAAUGUUGGUCAGUUAGAACCGUCCCCUACAUAAAACACUGGUGUAUAUAUUUUUAAAAAGUUAAUAAUGGGUAUAAAUUUUAUACCAGUAGCAGUGACAAAUUUCUUGUGUGUAGUUAACAAAUUAUUUGUAAUGUAUUUUUUAGAAAUCUUAAAAUUGCCUUUGCACUGAAAUAUUUUUCAUACUGUAGCUAUUUAUAAAUCUGUUUUACGCAUACAUUUGUUAACACACCAUUUCUAUUUUUUUUAAGUAUAUGUUUUGAAGGCUUUUUUUAUACCUAUGAGUUUUGGCCACUUAAAUUUAGCUUAGAGCAGAGUUGUGGCUGAAUGUUAAAAUUCUAAUGAAUGUCAAAUUAGAAAUGUAGGUCUGUUGCUCUGUCAGUCUCACCCAAACUACUGAUGUUUUGUUAGUACUUGUGAUAGCGGCAAUUAGAGCACUGUACUUUCCGUGCUGUACUAUUACUGCUGGCUUUGUUUUUACUCUAUAAAGCCGCCUCCUUUUUUUACUUUUCUGAGUUCCAUCUUUUAGCCUUAAAUAAGGAGAUUUUUGCUUGAUGUUUUUGAAGAUGCUGCAUUUCUGUUCUGCCUACUAACAAAGCAAUUCAUUGCAAACUUCAUGUAGCUCUGCACCUAGAAGUUACUGACAGUGUUAUUCAAGCUGAAACACCUAUGGAAGUGCUUGGGUAAUUUGAGUUAAACAUCUCAUUUUUUUGGCAGAGAAAGAAUACUUGAAUUUAAGUGGGAGUUUCUGCUUUGAUUUAGCAAUACUUUUACAUUUAAAAAUUGGUACUGUUUGUUGUUAAAUUAGACUGUUUAAUGGAGAAAAAAAAACCAAAACAUAAAAUGUCAGCUCGGUUUCACUUGAUGCGCUUUUGCUUCAGUCCCUGUUACUGUUGUUGUGCAAACCUAGUCCACUGCAGCAGGUGUUACCUUGGAGUUUCAUUGUAAAUGGAUCAGAACAAAAUGUAUAAGAAAGUUUUAUUAUGGAUGGGACACUGAAAGAAGACAGAUUUUUAUGUAUUUUAAAAAAAAGAAUUAAAGGGGCAAAGUAUAAAAAAAUCUAUAUUAAACUUCCUAACUUGCCUUGUUUAAAUUGUUGCAGCUUUAACAGCAUAGUGUCUCCAUAACUGCUUCUAUAAAUGUCUUGAAACUGGUAAGCGCUAACCAAGUGUAUGUGAAGACUUAGAAAGUAUUUCAAGCUUUUCAGCCACUGAGGUUCAUAUAUUCCUGCAGUGGCUUGUGGCAAAAAAUCUUUUUUGUUUUACCAUGUACAAUAAUUGAUUGUUCAGCCACUUAAUGUAAAAGCUUCCAGUUUACUUUCUCGCUUGCAUUAGCUCGUUUGUCUUGACCCAACUGGCUUGCAAAUAUAAAAGGAAGAAAUAGCUUAAUUGAGCAACUGCACUACUUUUCUUUUGGAAGCCAGUGGGAUCGUUGUGCUCAUGCUACUGUCUCUGUUAAAAAAGCUUUAAUGGAAAUUUGUGAAAGUAUUAUGAAAGUGAGAAAGUACAUGAUUCUACUUUGCAGAAUAAUCUAAAGAACAGUUCAUACAGCUUUAAUUUUGUUACCUUAUCAAAAUUCACUGCGUUGUCUCCGACAAUCUGCGUUGGCUCUGACAUAAAUUCUGUGCUAUGUACACGUUGCAUUUUACGUGUCCUUUCAUGAUCUAAUGUAAAGUAGAAUCUGUGAAAGUUGCUAUACGGGGCCUGGGGGGUAGUUAUCUGUGCAUUACACAAUGUCUGUAGUCAUCAGCACCAAAUACUGACGGUUAUUUUUUACUUGUACAAUUAUAGGUGCAUUUAUUUGAAAAUAAUAAAUCAGCCUUCAAAUCUAAUGUUUAGAUUAUGCUAUACCACUCAUUUAUUUUAUUUGAAGAGUCAGUAUAUGAAUACUUUACAGUAAAGUUUAUUUUCAGUGCUAUUUUUAACUCUUGUUUCUGUAGAUAACCAAAUAUAACUUGUUUAUAUUCAGUCAUGUUUUGGAUCCCUAUGUAGUAUAUAUAAGCAGGAGACAUGGGUCUGCUUGCAAUAAAUAUAAACAUUCAAAACUGGUUUAAGUUUGCUCACAAGUAAUUAAAAUAAUCUAGCGGGAACAUGAGAUGGUUUCAUGUUAGUCUGUAAUAAAAUGUAAGUAGAUAAAAAAAAAAGGAAUGUGUGUUUGAUUCUGUUAUUGAAUAUGCUUGUAGUCACACUUAUUUUCAGAGAGUAUAUGUAGCCAGCUAAAAAAGCAAGCUAACAAAAAGAGAAAGUCAGAGAAAGCUGGAACAUGAGCGAUGUGUGGGAUUUAUUGCAAAGCUGAUAGAAAUUGGUAGCAGUCCAGGAGAGCUUUGUUCCUCCUGCACAGAUCGGCCAAGUGAUAAAGUUCUUUCCAAACUAAACUUGUAAGCUACACAUGGGAAGAUCUGUAUUUCCUUACAGUUCUGCUGUGCAGGGUACCCAGGACUGUUUCUCCUUUCUUUUGCAACAUUGGCAAUCUAAAGAAGCUGAAUUAAAGGUGCAAACUGCUUUGCCAUAGCAGUGUUGGCAAAUACUUACAAAAGAGGCUGAAGACACAAAUACUGUCUUUUACUUUUAAUUGGUGUGAAAAUAUUAUGGGACUUUCUCUAGUUCCAAGUCCCUUACAGAUGAUACAGUACAUGGACAUACUCAGACUGAAGGUAUCCUAGACAGCCUCCACAGAGCAAUUCAGAGUGUUAGGUUGGGCACCUUCCUGUGCUUAGUGCUGUAAGUGCUUAGGCACUUUAUUUAUUAAAAUAAGCACAAAAGCAAUAUGCCAAGAUUUUGGACUAACAGUUUUGUGUUUAUAUGAACGUUUUGUCCAAACAGUAUAAGCAUAUUGAACCUAUCUCCCUUUCGUACCUCAAGAAAUUUUGUGGGUCCACUGAAUGAGCUUCUGGAGAAGGUAGUUUGAGUGGAAGAGGAGAAUAUGGAAGAUACUUUUCCAUUUCUUCAUGCAA